AUGUCCUUCGAUAACCAGUUGACCGACGACCAGGAGAUUGUGCUCAAGCAGAUUUGGACUCAUCUCUUCCAUCUCUGGCAGGUGCCCGUGGACGGCUCUUCCAUCUACCGUAGUAACUCUGUCCACAACUCGCCCCCCAAGAAGAAGAAAACGUCUUGGUUCAGCAAGCUGCACUCCUCCGACGAGACACAGGACGGUGGCGAAGCUGCUGAGACGGCCAGCCUCUACGAAAAGGGCAAGGUACACAAGGCGCUGGCCAACUUGGACCCGGAAUCGACCAUGAAGCAGUUCUGGCACGAUAUCAAGAACGAGACCCCGGAUGCCACCCUUUUGAAGUUCAUCAGGGCCCGGAAGUGGAACGCAGAAAAGACCAUCUCCAUGCUGGGCCACGACCUGUACUGGCGCAAGGACACGAUCAACAACAUCAUCAACGGCGGCGAGAGGGCCGUCUACGAGCAAAAGGAGACCGGUGUCAUCAAGAACCUGGAACUGCAAAAGGCCACCGUCCAGGGCUACGACGUGGACAUGAGACCGAUCAUCCUGGUGAGACCCAGGCUGCACCACUCGUCCGACCAGACCGAACAGGAACUCGAGAAGUUUUCUCUGUUGGUCAUCGAGCAGUCCAAGCUGUUCUUUAAAGAAAACCACCCGGCCUCCACCACCAUCCUCUUUGACCUGAACGGGUUCUCCAUGUCCAACAUGGACUACGCUCCAGUCAAGUUCCUGAUCACGUGCUUCGAGGCUCACUAUCCAGAGUCGCUGGGACACCUGCUCAUCCACAAGGCCCCAUGGAUCUUCAACCCCAUCUGGAACAUCAUCAAGAACUGGCUGGACCCGGUCGUCGCGUCCAAAAUCGUGUUCACCAAGAACAUCGACGAGCUGCACAAAUUCAUCGCCCCUCAGUACAUCCCUACCUACCUGGGCGGUGAAAACGACACAGACCUGGACCACUACACGCCACCAGAUGGCUCCCUCGACGUCCACCUCCAGGAUACCGAGACCCGCGCCAAGAUCGAAAAGGAAAGGGACGACCUGGUUCAGCAGUUCCUGGAGGCCACCACUCAAUGGAUCGAACAUCAGCCCGUGGACGACCCAACAUACGUACAAUUACAGGAAAGAAGAUCGCAACUCUCUGCUGCGCUCUGUAAGAACUACUCCAAAUUGGACCCGUACAUCAGAUCGAGAUCUGUUUACGACUGCAACGGCUCUUUGAAAGUUUGA